AAUUGCAGCGGAAACAUCAAGGCGGUGAAGUGGUCGUAUUGGGGUGACGAUACCCUUCGGGCCAGUACAGUAUAGGCUUAAGUGUGAGCGACGGACUAGACCAUCAAAAGCAUUUCCUGGAUAUUAUUACGAUUAUUAGGAUCUUUCCGCGUGUCGAUCGUUCAUCGUUACGUGAAAUACCAGGUGCCAGUUAUACGGCCUUAGAACAGCCUAGAAGAAAGUACUGAUCGAUAAGGAGACCUAAAGAAACAUGUCGGAUCUUGCCGCUCCUGAUCUUGAAAUAGACGUGGAGAGUCUCGAGACGGAGAGUGACGAUCAAGCAGAAUACAGCAGUGUGGUGGCCGAGUUAGGAGACGAUGCUUCACAAUGUAGGGACAAUGACAAAUCAGCCCAAAUGACGCUCAAUCCUGGGGAUCAAAGAAAGCUGAGCAGGACCCCGAAGUGUGCUCGCUGCAGGAAUCACGGAGUGGUCUCUUGUCUGAAGGGACACAAACGUUUCUGCAGGUGGCGAGAUUGCCAGUGUGCUAAUUGUUUACUUGUAGUGGAGAGACAGCGUGUAAUGGCAGCACAGGUGGCACUAAGGAGGCAGCAAGCUACAGAGGAUAAAAAAGGUUUAUCAGUGAAGCAAAUUUCAGCAGAAAGGAAAACAAUCUAUCAGAGGCACCUCCGUCCUUCAACCAUGCUGGCAAAAAGUAUUUUAGAGGGGUAUCGUCCACUUCAGUCAGAUCACUUUAUGGGUGGAAACCCUUCUCUUCCUCCUCCACUGAGUGAUCGUAUGAGGAAGCGAAGAGCGUUUGCUGACAAGGAGUUGGAGACAAUCAUGCUGGAGCGCGAGUACAAAGAACGAGAGAUGAUGGAAUCCAGUCAAGCAGCAGCCACAUCCCUGCUCCUUCCAAACAACACUGUUCAUGCUGCAGAGUAUAAUUCCUACAAGGCAUCAUCCUACGGCAGUGCACAGGUGGACCCACCACCCAAAGACCUUUGCAACUUCCUUCCUAACUGUCUGGAUGUGUCUAUGCAAUACGCUGGCACUGGGAAUGUUGAACUCAUCUCCUCAAAUGUCAGCGUAGCAGCCACCUACCGGCAGUACCCUCUCCCACACCGUUUUAUGAUGUGGGCUCGUGGUAGCAAUAUCAAUGACGCUUUGUUGUACCAGCAAUGUCUCCUCAAUGCUACAGCAGUACAGAACAUGAAACCUGACAUUAUUUGGGACACAAAAAUGAUACCAUCCUCAGAGAACCACUCAUCAAACCAAGACAGAGUAGUAACAAGAUUCUGCACAGCUCCAGAGCUCUGUGAUCUGCAGCAAGUAGACAAUCAAAGGGUGCUUUCUUCAAACCAGAAGGAGAGAUCAGCCUUCUCACCACUUAAGAGAGCCUGUGGACAAGGUUUUCCCAACUUGCUCUCCCCAGCUGGGCCAGACUAUGUUCUGAACAAGCUGAACAAAGAUGGUGCGAAACAUGCCCUCUCUGUGAAGCUCAGUUCCUUCCACUCCCUCAUCCAGCAGACUCUCAGUGAAAAAUCAAGCCUCGAGUUGAAAGGGCUUCAGUGCAAAGAACUCUUGGAAGAAGCAGCAAAAAAAUACAGGGAUGGUGCCACCAGAGAGCUCCAGAACCUCGAAAAUGUGGAGAGCUUCCCAAAAGAAUUUGCGUUCAAGCAAAAUAAGACGAAAGCUUCCUGUGAAUCUUUAUCUUUUUCUGUGGAAUCAAUACUAAAGAGACCAUCACCGUCCAUGAGCCAUGCGUCCCCAUAAGACGCGGCCUUUUACAGAUGAACUCUUCUGUUCCUUCUUUGGUCUCAAAAGAUUUAGUGAUGCCUGAUGUUAAAAGUCUGUUUUUCAUUACCGUAUGACAUUUUAUAGUAUAGCUUUACUGCAUUGCUUUCUAUAAAUCUAUUACCUAAUGUAAAAAAUUAUCUGUAAAUGUGAGCAUGUACACGAUAGAGAAUAUAUUUAAAUGUAUUAUAAAUUACUUUAACCUGUAAUUUUACAAUGCACUGUCAAUAAACAAGUUUCAGAUAGUUAAAAA